GUCUGUGCAGCCAGUGGAGCUCGGCUCGCAUGGUGGUCGAAGUGGAGCCCGAUAAACACAAACAAGGUCGUUGGAAACCCUGAACACCAAUCAUGUCUAAGCUGAGUGGGAAGGUCCAGACCGUCCUGGGUCUGGUGGAUCCGGACCAGCUGGGCCGCACCAUGACCCACGAGCACCUGACCAUGAGCUUUGAGUGCUGCUACUUCCCUCCCCCUCCAGGUGAGGAGGCAGUGGCGGAGAACCCGUUCCAUAUGCACCACAUGCACUGGCUGAGACAGAACCCCUACAGCUGCCAUGAGAACCUGCUGCUGCUGCAGGAGACCACCGCAGUGCGGGACGAGCUGCUGGCCUACAGGAAGGCCGGAGGGGGCACCAUCGUGGAGAACACCACCACGGGCAUCGAGCGGGACCUGCCCACCCUCAGGCAGCUGGCCAAGGACACCGGGGUCCACAUUGUCGCGGGAGCAGGGUACUAUGUGGACUGCACCCACACUGAGGCCACCAAGAGAAUGAGCGUGGAGAAGCUCACGGACAUCAUCGUCAGCGAGGUGCUUCACGGCGCCGACGGCACAGACAUCCGCUGCGGCGUCAUCGGGGAGAUCGGCACCGGCUGGCCCAUCACGGAGAGCGAGACGAAGGUGCUGAGGGCCACGGCUCACGCUCAGGCCCAGCUCGGCUGCCCCGUCAUCAUCCAUCCUGGGAGGAACCCCGCUGCUCCGACCGAAGUCGUCCGCAUUCUUCAGGAGGCCGGCGGUGACAUCAGCAAAACUGUCAUGUCACACCUGGACAGGACUAUAUUUGAUGACGGUCAACUGCUUGAGUUUGCCAAACUGGGGAGUUACCUGGAGUACGACCUGUUUGGAACAGAGAUGCUGAACUACCCGUAUGACCUGCAGGUGGACAUGCCCAGCGACAGCCAGAGAGUCAAGGCCUUGGCGUUCCUCGUGAAGGAGGGCUACGAGGACAAGAUAGUGAUCGCGCACGACAUCCACACCAAGAACCGUCUCACCAAGUACGGCGGCCACGGCUACUCGCACAUCCUGAAGAACAUUGUGCCGAAGAUGCUGAGGAGGGGCAUCUCGCAGCACCAGGUGGACAAGAUCCUCAUCGACAACCCCAAACGCUGGCUCACCUUCAAAUAAAGCUGACGCAGCGAUUAUUUUACCUUCAGAUGACGAGUGAACAUGUACAAUGAAUACUUUAAAGAUCUUUUGCAAUAACACAAACUCAUUUAGAAAUGUCCUUGUGGACCCUCAAACCAAUGAAUCAUAUUUUCAGAAUUGAGAAAUGACUGUAGAAUAAUUAUAGGAUGUUUUUUCAUCCAGCUGAAAGAGUUAUUUUUAGAGGCCCUUAUUAAUUGAAACUUGAUGUUGUAUUUGUGAUUAUUCACUUUGUAUGCAAAUUAUGUGAAGGAGAUCACAGUGCCUCUCAUAAGCAGCCAUGUUUUGGUCACAAAAUAGCUUUUUCCUGUCUGCAGAAAUGCGAAUCUAAGAGGAGUGUGUUCCUUCGUCUCCAGAUCUACAGCGGUGCUCACGAAUAUGGUGCUAAUUUUUUUUCUUUUGUAUUUCUAAGUGACAUUUCUGCAAACAUGGGAUGAGAAUAACGAGCGCGUUAGUAAUCAGUAUGCUGCUCUGCUCUCGACACAAUGCGGCUGUGUUAGAUGAGUUGUCCUGUUGCCCCUCAGUGGGUGUCUGGGUGUCUAUGGGAGGCUGACUGGCUGGCAGGCCCCGAUGAAGGACACGCUCUCCUCUCAUCUGGGAACAGGUGGCCUCACAGGGUGACUUCACCACAUGAUCAAUGGCAUGAUCGCCACAGCUGACUGUGCAGCGUGAACAGCUAUAUAACUUUGAUUCAUCUUCUGAGAGGAUCAGAAAGUGAGCCAGAGGAUUUAAUGUGUACAUUGUAUUUUGCACAUUGGCUGACAGUCAUAUCUGGAGGGGCUUAACAGUCAGCCGGCAGAUCGCUGUGCGUCGCCGUCCAACAUUUGUGUCAAUGCGACUGUCCAGUUUUGUGAUGGUGACUAACCACCAGACCACCCUGUUGCCCCAACCAGCUGUCACAUUGAGACAAGAAAAAUGAGUUACAUUUCAUUUCGGUGACGGUGCUGCAAUAUGAACAUUACACAUUUAGCUUCUCUUUAAAGUGUUGAAAUGUCACUUUUUUUUAUAAUCAUGCAUCAGUACGGCUUUUACAUUUUCACUCAAAAAUGCAACAACUGUCAUUUUGAAAAAUAAAGCACACACAUGGAC